AUGUUAGCGUUAUGCACUAUAUUUGCUUAUUGGACGUCAACGACCGAUGCCGAUAGAGUGGAAGAAAUAGAAUUUACAGAUUUCCCUUCGUUCCUCUUGAAAUUCUUGAGAGAUUCGCGCGGAAGCGAAGAAGAACUGGACGUUGCCGAAGGUAAACAGCACAAAAAAUCUCACCAGAAAAGUAAAGAACACGGCAGUAAGAAACUAGAAGUUGCGGAAGGAAAACAUCCUCAAGACAAACAUCACGGGAAAAAGUAUCAUUAUCAUCGUAAAAGUCACGAGUUUCAUCACAAAAAGCAUCGAGAUCACGAAGACGGACAUAAGCAUCACGAUCAUCAUCACGGCAAAUAUAAGAAACACGGGAGCCGACACCAUCACGAAGAAGGAAGCCAUCGUAGUAAAAAGCACGGACAACACGGCGGCAAGAAUCGUCAUCAUAAAAGCCACGAACACGGCGAUCGUCAUAAAUCUAAACAUCACAAAGAAGGCCAUCGUCAUCGAAUACACGGAGAUCAUCACAACAAAGAUUUGGGCCAUAAGAAACACGGCUUCAAAAAUAAAUACCAUAAAGAAGAAUACGGUUAUCAUAAAACUUAUCACGAUCAUCUGCGUGACGGUAAAUAUAAAUCCAAAGAUCGCGAAGAACACGGCAAACACAAGAAAAAACGACCCCAGAAAGUUCAACACCAUCAUCAUCCCGAAAAAGAACACAAAGAAGAGCAUCACGACGAUCACCACCACCAUCACGAUCAUCACCAUCACGACGAUCACCACCACCAUCACGAUCACGAUCAUCACCAUCACGACGAUCACCACCACCAUCACGAUCAUCAUCAUCACGGCGAGCACGAGCACCACCACCACCACCACCACCAUCAUCACCACCAUCAUCAUUAUCAUCAUCGCUAG